GGUUUUGCUUUGUGUGUUGGGGUGGUCGGUCGCCCUCUCUGUGCCAGAUCCCAGACUAGCUGAGUUGAUCCUUCAGCCCAUUCCCGGAGAUCAGAUCCACCAGCGCACCUCCUCCUGCGGAGUCAUGAAGGGGGAUCCGCAUUCUCGGCACCUUUCCAGCGGAACAGAGCAUCCGUCCAGGCUACAGAAAGACGAAGAGGAAGAGGAGGACCCCCCUGGUGCAGAAGAAGGGUCGCCCAAGUCCCCACUCUGGGUCUUCGGUUACGGUUCGCUGGUUUGGAGACCUGAUUUUGAAUUCACUUCCCGCAAAGUGGGCUAUAUCCGGGGCUACAGCCGCCGCUUCUGGCAAGGGGACACCUUCCACCGGGGUAACGAAAAAACGCCUGGAAGAGUGGUCACCCUUCAGGAAGAUUAUAAUGGGUGCACAUGGGGUAUUGGCUAUGAACUUCGCGGGCAUCAAAUUGCUGCUGUCCUUAAGUAUUUGAACAUGCGGGAAGCAGUGCUUGGAGGCUAUGACACCAAACUGCUGAAGUUUUAUCCCCAGGAAGAAGAGGCAGAUGAGCCUAUUCUAGCCCUUGUUUAUAUUGCAACACCUCAGAAUCCCUCCUAUCUGGGGCCAGCAUCUGAAGAGGAUAUUGCAGCUCAAAUUAUAGUCUCCAGUGGGCGCGCUGGCCACAACAUUGAGUACCUUCUGCGGCUGGCGGACUUCAUGCGCUACUGUUGCCCUCAAGUAGAGGAUGAACAUUUGUUCUCGAUUGAGGAAGCCCUGAUCUCUAUCCUGCCCUGUAUAUAUCCUGCUGAGGACCCCUUGGUACAAUGAAUUUGACAGUAUUCACAAAAAAUGAUUGGAUGAACACUUUUUAACCAAGGUCAUGACUGAAUACGUGAUCUAAUGCAACUGAAGCCAGGUUUAAAAACCUGUAGAUGUAUAGACAUUGGGAGAGAAAAGUAGUGGAGCAACGGUGAUAGAACUACGGUUUAAGUAGCAUUGCACUCCAGACUUGGGAGUAGAGAUUGGAGAGAUCCAUUACUAUUCUACCAGCUGCCGGCAAUACAAAACUGGUUGAAAAAUACUUCCCAGUCUCACUUGUACACUCCAGAGAUUAAGUCCUACUGAAUUUAAUAGGGCUUACUUUCAGAGUCCAUGCAAGUGGUACUACUGCUUUUUUGCACUUAUUCACAGUGUUCUUUGAAUUGUUGAAGAGAAAGGGAGAUGAAGAUAAACUAUGUUUUCCUUUGCAUGUUUCUGCAGCCCUCUUCAUCCAAAGCAGGGCCAUGACUAUAAUACUAUGAGCUUUGUUCUACCUCACAGGCUGAUGCACAUGUGAAGUUGUGAAGGUUCUCAAAGGUUCCUCCAGCCUUGGUUACAAUACCCUCAUGUUUGCUCAUAUGCUGGGCUUUUAAUAGAAAAUGAAAUUGAUUUUAGACUUUGGUGGGGCCAAACCUCCUUACACAGUUAGUGUACUAUUUUUAUAACUUGAAAGUGUAUUUAUUGUAAUGAAGAUGCAUAUUUCAUGGAGAGAAAUGUCCAAAUGUCCUGCAGAGCGGGGCAGGUUGCUAGCUUGAAAGUUGGCAGGGGAAAUUGGGUCUUCAGGUUUUAGAUUUUUUUUUUUCCUCUUAGAGGGGAGCUGCUACAGGGUUACUUGUUUGAGACAGCUUUCGGUAAAUAGAACUGUUGCACUACCUACACACAAUAGAUGCUUUUACACUAUAAUAAUAUUUUGUGUCUGCUUGUGUAACUGCAGGGUGUAUGUCUCUUGGCACACCAUGCUCAAGUUCUGCCUGCAUUUUAAAUAAUGAAGUGGGCAUUUAAUGUCUGGUUCUCCAAAAAUCACAAGAAAUCAAGUUUCUGAGAAUAUUAAAUGUGUUCAUGGAAAGAAAGAUCUGCGCUGAAUACUGUAGUCUGAAAGACACGAUUCAAUAAAGCCAAUAAUAAUUGCUUUCUGAUACAGCCUUUGGGAGAGACUUCAUUCUGGAAUUACUUUGUUAACAGAUCUUAGAACAAAAUGGAAAACUACUGUUAAAAGGAACUAUAUCUUUUAUCUAUAAAU